GGGAGCCAGACAACAUGACUAGUCCUGCAACCAGCCAGCCAGAGUACUAAAUGUAGAAUAUCAGAGCUGAUCUUAAUCCAAGGUUAUUAAUCCCAUCUCUCCCACCAUGUUGGCACUAAUGGGAAUCUUCCUCCUCUUACUGGCCACGUACACUUCCUACAUUAAAAUGGCAAUAAGUGGUCCAGCAACCACCAUCUUGGGUAGCAUCUCGGAGCUCCUGAACACAGAAGAAUGCCAUGAGCUCUGUCUUCUACUUGCCAUCACCCAGAAAGAUGCAGAACUAUCGGAGGAGAAAGAACUCGUUCCUUCCAGCCAAUGGCAAGGCAUCUCCAACAUGGACCAAUGCAAAGAAAGUCUAGGCCACUGGCUGGAGAUGCAAAAGGGCUUCAUUGACUGGGACCGCCUGGCUCGAGCUCUCAGACAAAUUGGGCGCCCUGAUGUCUCCAGGGAGUUAAAGAAGAGCCUCAACAAGAACAGGAGUUUGGAACCAAAAUGGAAUACGGAGGAAAAUCAAACAGGAGCGGCCCCAAAAUCACUUUUAGUGAUUGAAAACAGGACACCCAUCCGUAGAAGCCGUCAGGGCCCCAUUCAGAAGCCCAGGAAGGCUUUUCUGAAGGAGAAGGGUUGGAGCUUGAAGACUUUCUUUCAGAAGUGGCUCCCGUUUCCUUUACACCACUUUACUCUGCAGCAGUAUAUUGGCCCAGCUACGCGACUGCUGAUUGCCAGUUUCCUGGCUGGACUGGUCCUGUGGCUCUUUUCUGUCUAUUACAUCAUUUGCUGGAACUUGCGGCAAUGCCUCUUUGCCAGUGGCGUUCAUUACAAUGGAACCCCAGCUCGGCAGAAUAUGAACCUGACUGUGAUUUGGAAUCAUCAGUCUGGAGAAGAUUCUUUGGAGGAUCCGGAUACCUCAGAGGAUGAGGAGGUUGCCGAGGAAGAACAUUAACCAAGAGGCUUUCAGUGAAAUCUGCAGGAAAGUUGAUUUCAUUAAAUAAAUUGCCAUGUGAAUCUUU